AUGCCCAGACCCCACCCGGGGAAGACCGUCACCUGGGGAUACUGUUCACCAGUUUCCUUCAAGCCCCAAGAGGUGGAGAACUUAGAAAACCCGUCACCAAAGGCCGGACAGAAAAGAGCAGGCAAAGAGAGCCAGCAAUGGGCAGGAACUUCUGAAGACACAAAGAAGGUCAGGAGACGGAAAGACCCUCUGAGGGUGGCCAAGGUCUUCCCAGAGUAUCCUGGCCAGCUGCCAUCUGAGCCCGACACCCUGCUAGAGAUGAUGCAGAACAGAACGGUGUACAAGGUGUACAGGAAAGUGGUGCAUGAAACGGAGGAGCACAAGACCCUGAAGGCCCUGGAAAUACUUCACGUCCUGCAGAGUGACAAAGGUGACCGAAAAGUGGUGGGAUUGGUUCAGAAGGUUCUAGAACUUGACGUUAUUCACCUCCCACAUUUGCAAGGACUGAAGAAACGUUUAACCCAGGAGCUGGCCAAGGGCAGGAUCAGCAGUUUAACGGUGAAAGAAGUAACAUCGUUUCUCAGCUCGCUUGUGUCUCCAUCCUUCCAUAUGUUCUGGAGCGAGAUGCUUGGCCGGUUGAAAGACUAUGGCAUGGAACAGCCGGGAGAUGAAGGGUGGGCAAGACUAGAGCCGAUCCUCCAAGUUCUCACCAGCAAGAUGGUCCACAAACGUCUUCAUGGUCGGAAGAACAACGCUUGCCACCCGGCACAGAUGCAACCGACCAAAGAGGACAUAAGUGCCUUUAACCGGGCUCUUCAGCUUGCCGCCGAGGGUUGGCCGACUCCAGAAGUGCUGCAUUUCCUGAGGUACCUCCAGAUGCACGGUCCUGAAGAGGGGCUUCUGCUCCUCGAGAAUAACUUACUGUGCUGCCUGGAGGUACAGAAGUAUAGGAAUGCCCACCACGCCAUGCCAGAUCGCGGCCUGCUGAGGAGGAAAGUGCAGGUGGUCAAGGAAAGAUUUCUCUUACCACAGGGAAACUCUAUCCUGCAGGCUCCCCCGGAAAUCCUGGCGGCAGCACUGAGAGACGCGGAGGCAGCCGCACGCGCCGACCUGCCCGUCAUCUCCAUUUUCAACCAGCUCCGGGAUUCCCUGUGUGACUCCUUGCUGCCGUUCUGGGCCGGAUUCCGGAGAACGUGGCUGAUCCGCUCAUCGGAGAGCGCCAAGAAAGUCCCAUUGCUCCGUGUGCAGCAGAUGCUCCGGAAACGUUUGGCAUUGUUUGAGGUAGAGGAGAGACCCCUGAGGACCUUCCACCUCCCCCCCGUCCAGCACCCCCCAGAGAAGAGUCCUCCAUCUGUACUGACCUUCAGCUUCAGCAUCAGUCACGGCAUCACUGUAAAGUUCACCGAGAGCCGAGCACAGCGCGGGGGAGAAGACUCGUCGGCACUGGUUAGCUCGGAGUGA